AUGAAAAGACAAGACGAGACCUCACCUUCGCUGUCCUCUGACGACAAGAAACCGAGACUAGACAUGCCAGAGAAUCAGGAGAACUUCACCUCUGUCGGUGAUCAGGCCAACUCUGUCACCCAGACCGGUAUUUCCGAUGCACAGGGCCAUCCCGUCCAGGAAAUCGAGUCCAUGUGUAUGAGAUGCCACAAGAACGGUUGCACAAGGAUGCUUCUCACGAAGAUCCCCUUCUUCAGAGAGAUCAUUGUCAUGUCCUUUGCAUGCCCCCACUGUGGCUUCAGAAACUCCGAGAUCCAGGCCGCUGCCCAGAUUGCUGAAAAGGGUUCCAGAUACAACUUCAAGAUCGAGUCCAAGGAGGACUUCUCCAGACAAGUGGUCAAGUCUGAGACUGCCACUUGUACAUUUAGCGAGAUCGAGCUUGAGAUUCCACCUGAGCGUGGCCAGUUGACUAACAUCGAGGGUCUUCUUACCGAGAUGAUCGCCAACUUGGAGAUGGACCAGGAGGCACGUAAGGAGUCUCAGCCCGAUGUUUACGAGAAAAUCAAUGAAUUCAUUGCCAAGGUUAAAGCUUUGCUUGCUGGCGAGAACUUGCCUCUUACAUUCUACGUUGACGAUCCUGCUGGAAACUCGUGGGUUGAGUACCAGCCUGGUCAGGCUGCCCACAAGUGGUCCAUGUACGAGUACAACAGGACUGCUGAGCAGAACGUCUUUUUGGGAUUGAUCUCUGCCGACGAUGUUGCUCAACAUAGGUUGGCCGAACUGAAGCAGAAGAAAGAUGCUACUGACCAGAAUGUUUCCUCUUCAUUGAAUAACACCGAAUCCCACCCGCCUACAGCAUCCGGUUUUGCUGCUGAGAGUGAGAUCGAGAAUUUUGAGAACGAGGUUCAGACAUUCCAUGCCACAUGCUCCGCUUGUGCUGCCCCUUGUGAGACACACAUGAAGACCGUCAACAUUCCACACUUCAAGGACGUCAUCAUCAUGUCCACUGUCUGUGACAAGUGUGGCUACAAGUCCAACGAGGUCAAGACUGGAGGUGCCAUUCCAGAGAAGGGUAGGAGAAUUACUCUCAAAAUCACUGACCCUGAGGACUUGGCCAGAGACAUUUUGAAGUCCGAAACUUGUGGUUUAAGAAUCCCAGAGUUGAAUUUGGACUUGACUCCAGGAACAUUGGGUGGCAGGUUCACUACCAUUGAGGGCUUGUUGACCCAGGUCUACGAGGAAUUGCAUUCCAGAGUUUUCACUCAGACUUCUGACUCUAUGGACGAGGAGACCAAACAGAGAUGGACAUCAUUUUUCGCCAAGUUGCAAGACGCCAAUGAGGGAAAGAUUGGUUUCACCAUCAACAUGGAAGACCCCUUGGCCUCUUCGUACAUUCAGAACGUGUAUGCUCCCGAUAACGAUCCAAACAUGUUGAUUGAGGACUUCGAGAGAACUCACGAGCAGAACGAGGAAUUGGGUUUGAACGACAUGAAGGCUGAUUAG